AUGUCAACAAAUUCUAUCAAGCUACUCGCAAGUGACGUUCAUCGUGGCCUUGCGGAGUUGGUCUCCAAAAGAUUGGGUCUCCAAAUCACCCCCAGUGAAUUGAAACGAGAAUCGACGGGAGAGGUUCAGUUCUCCAUUGGAGAGUCUGUGAGAGAUGAAGACAUAUUUAUUAUUUGCCAGAUUGGGUCUGGAGUAGUCAAUGAUCGUGUCAUAGAAUUGAUGAUCAUGAUCAACGCCUGUAAGACUGCCAGUGCAAGGAGAAUCACAGUCAUACUUCCCAACUUCCCUUACGCUAGACAGGAUAGGAAAGACAAGUCGCGUGCGCCAAUCACUGCAAAAUUGAUGGCAGACAUGCUAACCACAGCAGGAUGUGACCAUGUCAUUACGAUGGACUUGCACGCGUCGCAAAUCCAAGGCUUCUUUGAUGUCCCUGUGGAUAAUUUGUACGCUGAGCCUAGUGUAGUUAGGUAUAUCAAGGAGACAAUUGACUACAAAGACGCCAUAAUAAUCUCCCCAGAUGCCGGUGGUGCCAAGAGAGCGGCAGCUUUGGCUGAUAGACUUGAUUUGAAUUUUGCUUUGAUUCAUAAAGAGAGAGCUAGGGCAAACGAAGUUUCUCGUAUGGUUUUGGUGGGGGACGUGACAAACAAAAUUUGUGUUAUUGUUGAUGAUAUGGCUGAUACGUGUGGUACUUUGGCCAAGGCUGCGGAAGUGUUGCUAGAUAAUAACGCAAAGGAAGUCAUAGCCAUCGUGACACACGGUAUUUUAUCAGGUAAUGCUAUUAAAAACAUCAAUAACUCCAAGUUGAAAAAAGUUGUUUGUACCAACACAGUUCCAUUUGAAGAAAAGUUGAAGUUGUCCAACAAGUUGGACACCAUUGAUGUUUCUGCCGUUAUUGCAGAAGCAAUCAGAAGACUACACAAUGGUGAGAGCAUUUCCUAUUUAUUCAAGAAUGCUCCGUUGUAA